UGAACGCAGCUUCCGUUUGGGGAAUCGGGACGACGUCAUCAACAAGCGCCACAAGAGCUCUUCACAAAAAUCUUCCUGGUUUCGGGUUAGUCGGCUCACAUUUAGAACCCUCGACACAGAAGAGACUGCAACGCAAGUGUGGAUCUGAUGGCACAACCUAUCGAUGCUUGUAUCGAUCCGCUCAGCCUGAGUUGAAGCAGCAAUGAGUUCAGCUCAGUAUCUGAGAGAGUUCAUCAGGGAGAGACUAACUGCUGUUUGUGAAGAAAUCUUUUCAGAGGUUCAAAAAACCAUCGUCCAGUAUGAGGAGGAGAUCAACCGUCAGCACAGACUGCUGGAUAUCAGCCGGAAACCCGACAAACUCACACAUCAUAGACCUCCCACAUCAUCAUGACUGUGAGGAAGAGGAGGGUCUGGAUGAGCAGCAGGUCUGUAACCAGGAGAUGAACUCCAGUCUGGACCAGGAGGACCCAGAGCCUCCACAGAUUAAAGAGGAACAGGAGGAGCUCUGCAGCAUUCAGGAGGGAGAGCAGCUUGGACUGAAGCAGGAGGCUGAAGGCAUUAUCGUCUGGACUGAUGAAGAGCGACUCACACUGAUGGAGACCAUCUGCAAACCUGUGAUAAAGUUACACAGAAUAGACUUCCUACAGGAGGAUGUCUGUGAGGAGGAGGUUCUUGCAGACCAGCAAGUCUGUACCCAAGAGAGAAACUCCAGCCUGGACGAGGAGGACCCAGAGCCUCCACAGAUUAAGGAGGAACAGGAGGGACAUUGCAGCAGUCAGGAGGAAGAGCAACUUGGACUGAAGCAGGAGGCUGAUACCUUCAUGGUGACUCAAUCUUAUGAGGAAAGUUCCCACAGUGAGCCAGAACCAAACAGUGAGCAGCUCCUUUCUCACAGCUCUCCUGAACCAGAGAGCCGAGAUCAUGAAGAAAGCCAGCAUGUGGACUCAGGAUCAACUAGAAAUGAAGAGCUGAAGAAAAGGAGACGUUACAGAAAGAGACGUCACAGUAAAAGAGGAGGCAAAGAGAGCCAACGUAAAACUGAAAGGAAAAUGUCCCUAAAAUGUGAAACUUGUGGCAAAACUUUCGAGUUUAUAUCCUGCCUCGCUGCACAUUUAGAAAUUCACGCAAGUGAGAAAAUGUAUUCUUGUAGCACGUGUGGGAAAAGAUUUGAUCAGAAAUCUGCAUUGGAUCAUCAUUUAACAAGUUAUCUAGGUCAGAAGAUGUAUUCUUGUAGCAUCUGUGGAAAAAAAAUGCACUCUAAAGCCUACAUGCCUACACAUAUGAGACUUCACACGGGUGAGAAACCAUAUUCUUGUAGCAUCUGUGGGAAACGAUUCAAUCAGAAAACAGGAUUGAAAACUCACAUAAGACGUCACACAGGGGAGAAGAGGUAUUCUUGUAGCGCCUGUGGGAAAGGUUUUCUCUUGAAAGCAGCACUGGAGCGUCAUAUAAGAUGUCACACAGGUGAGAAGCCGUAUGUUUGUUUAAACUGUGAGAAACCAUUUGCAGAUAAAACGGCACUGGACCGUCACUUAGUAAUCCACACAGGUGAGAAACCAUAUUGCUGUAACAGCUGUGGAAAAAAGUUCAAUCAGAGCGCAAACUUAAAGAAGCACAUGAUGAGAAUUCAUACUGGCGAGAAACCGUACACUUGUAACACCUGUGGAAAAAGAUUUUCUCACUCAUCAGCAUUAAAAAGACACAAGAGAAUUCACACUGGUGAGAAGCCAUAUUCCUGUAGCACCUGUGGAAAAAAAUUUAUUCAGAAAUCAACUUUGGACUGUCAUGAAAGAAGUCACACAGGUGAGAAACCAUAUCCUUGUAGCACGUGUGGAAAAAGAUUUUCUGAUUUAUCAGCAAUUAAAAAACACAGGAGAAUGCACACAGGUGAGAAACCAUAUUCAUGUGGGAUCUGUGGAAAAAGAUGUAGUCAGAAAGCAGCAUUGGAAUCUCAUGUAAGAACUCACACAGGCGAGAAGCCGUAUUCUUGUAGCACCUGUGGGAAAAGAUUCACUCGAAAAUCACUUUUGAACUGUCAUACAAGAACUCACAAAGAUGAGAAGCUGCAUUCUCGUAGCACCUGUGAGUCAUAGCAGUGUGUUGGUGGUAGUGCUUACACUGUCAAGUCACUGCAACAACUGAUUGGAGAGAUGA